CUCACACACACAUACACACAGCUCACGUGAUGAUGAGUCACAGUUUCACUUCAGGUUUCUCUCCGACAGACUAACAUUACACGCAGAUGCACGACCAGAACAGAAACCAGAUCUCAGCAGCAGACCGGACCCUGAAGAUCCCUGAGGUCCGGUACCAUCCCAGCAUCCAGCCCACGACCCCCAGAACCAGAACCAGAACCAGCCAGGACCAGAGGAGCAGACCUGCUGCUGCAACCCCCCUCAAGGCUAUGCAGGACCCGAACAGAAACCAGGUCCCAGCAGCAGACCGGACCCUGAAGAUCCCCGAGGUCCGGUACCACCCGAGCAUCAGCACCACGACCCCCAGAACCACAACCAGAAUCAGCCAGACCCUGAGGCCCAGGCCUGCUGCUGAACCCCCCCUUCAAUCAGGACCCAGAACCCCCCAGACUGGACCCAGAACCCCCCAGAUUGGACCCAGAACCCCCCAGAUUGGACCCAGAACCCCCCAGACUGGAUCCAGGACCCCCCAGAUGAAGCCUGCUGUGAGACCUGGACCCAGUAGCCCCCAAACUGGGCCCAGGAACCCUCAGACUGGACUCAGUAGCCUCCAGACUGGACCCAGAACCCCCCAGGUGAACCCUGCUGUGAGACCUGGACCUGAUGCGGGGAAACAGAGUGCUGAGAGCCCGGUUCAUGGAGACGCCCCCAGCCCGGAGCAGGUGCCACUGGGUCUGGGGGUCCGGGUGGACCAGCAGGAGGUGGAGGAGGUGGAGGUUCUGACCCGCGGGCAGAGCACCAACCCCGCCUGGUUUGCCUGGAAGAAGAACCGGAUCACAGCCUCCAUUGCUCACAGCAUCGCUCACUGCGGAUUCGUCAACGGAAAGAGCCAAACCCCGCCCACUUCCUACCUGGCUGCUGUCACAGGUGAGGCGCCGAGAGUCCGGACCAGAGCCAUGUCCUGGGGGGUGCAGAUGGAGGCCGAGGCCGUCCGCAGCUACCAGGCUGUGAAGACGGCGGCGUUGGGACGGGGCGUCUCGGUGCUCGCCUGCGGGCUCUUCCUGGACGCUCAGAGGCCCUGGUUGGGUGCGAGUCCAGAUGGCAUCGUGACGGACAGCCGGACCGGCCAACGGCUGCUCUGCCUGGAGGUGAAGUGUCCCUACAAACACAAGGACAGACGGGUGGAGGACGCCUGCAGGGACGACCCCAACUUCUGCCUGAAGAUACAGGACGAGGACAGAGGGAGGCCCGGAGAGGUCCCGCUGUACGUCCUGAAGUCGUCCCACAGCUACUUCACUCAGGUCCAGGUCCAGAUGGCGGUGACGGGCGUCCAUCAGGCUGACUUCGUUGUCUUCACCCUUAAAGAGACGGCCGUGGUCCCGGUGACCUUUGACCCCGAGCUGUGGAGGAGACGCUGUCCAAACUGGAGACAUUUUACCAAGACGCUGUCCUGCCUCACCUAAGAGAUGGGGGGGGGGGCGUCCUGGAGCCCCGAGCUGUAGAGACACUUUAAAGAGGGGCCUCGCCUCCUUGGUGUGAAAGGGGCUCAUUGUGACGCCUAAAUGAGGCCAAGCGUAAACCGUAGUUUGGUCGUAUCAGAAAACGCUCGGUGUCUUCAGGGAAAAUAUCUUGUCGUUACAUUUGGAGGAUUUAUAUCCAUGUACAGACGAAGUGUACGAAAGAAAGGCCACUUGAGCUCAUCUCCUUUUCAGGUCUUUUCUUGCUAAUCUAUUGGUUUGUAAUCAUGUGUUCUUUGAAGGGUCUUUUUAAUAAAGCUUUGAUAACGUC